AUGAAGGCAGCCGUUCAGCUUUGCUUGCCGGGUUGCGGUGUGGGAUUCGUUGCCGCGACUCGAGCCAGAGAGCUGGCCAGUGAGGUGUCAGGGUCAAGGACGCCCUCCACGGUUUCAUCGGAGAAAGCCGGAGAGUCUCCUCGCCUAGAGAAGUUAGAGGAGGGACGAGGAAAUAUCUUUCCGGAGCCCACGAAAGCCAUGGCCGCUGGGCGCAAGAGACCCUCUCACAACUCCUUGGCGGACCUUUUGGAGCAGCGCCGACAAGAAGUGCAGAGCAGUCAGCAUGAGUGGUGGACUUACAAAUUUGCCAUUGUGGUGUCCCGGGUGGUACUGGCCUUGUUUACCAUGGCUUCCUUGUUGCUCAUCCUUCUCUGGGCACGGCAUGAGCACGAGGAAUCCUUCGUGGUGACCUUCUUUGUCAUGGCCAUCGCCGCCAUGGCCUAUUUGGCCAAGGUCACCGGUUUGGGGGAAGCUACGAUUGGUGGCAGAAAGGUACCUGUGAUCCGCUACAUCGACUGGAUUGCGACAACUCCUCUGAUGCUUUUCGAGCUAUGCAUGAUUGGCGGCGCGGAGAAGCAUACCACCAUUCUUGUGAUCGGCAGUGACCUGAUGAUGCUAGUUGGGGGCAUUGUCAGCGCCAUGUUGGUGCCGAAAGAGAAAGUGGUGCAGAAAUAUCUCUGGUUUUCCAUCUCUGUCUUUUUCUAUAUGACGAUGAUCGCUGCCCUCGAGGUGGACGUUGCCUAUGGCACUGUGCUGGAUCGGCCUCCCGACGUGCAGCGUCUCUUUUCCCAACUGUCUUGGCUGACGGUCAUCUCUUGGACGGGAUACCCGAUCGUUGUCCUCCUAGGCCGGGCUCACGCGGGCCUGAUCUCCAAAGGGAUGGAAGAUGCUCUUCUCUGCAUCCUUGACUGCGUCUCCAAGAUCGGCAUGGAGUUUUUUGUCGUGUUUACUUGCUCCGCAGCGGGCGCUCAGUGCCAUGUCAAGACUGUGAAGCACUAG